AUGAAGGAAGCUCCUUUCUGUUCACCUGGCAACAAUAAAGAACCUCGAAAGCCUGAUUCGAAACACGAAUAUGCAGCACCUGAGCGAUAUGCCGUUUUUCCUACUCCGAAGCACCCAAAGUUUCACCAGCCAGCCUCCCCAAACCUUACCGCUUUCCCACACUGUCUCGAAGCACUCUCCGCCGCAGAAACGCUGCAAGAGAGUCUCGCUGCAAAGAUGCCCCAACAGCGGCAUUCCUGUGAAGAAAAGACCCCAGACACUUCAACCGUGCCGCAGCAGCCGCUACCACUUGAAGCAACUAAUUGUGAGGCAGGGAGCACCGCAAACGAAAUUCCUGCUGCUGUACAUUCCACUUCUAGCAGGCUGCCCCCAGACCGAACACAAGAGGGGGGUCCUAAAGAACAAGAUGCCAAUUGCGAUGACACCCCUGCCGCGUUAGAGAGGCAAACCAACGAGACUCCAUCGGGGGAGCCCUGUAGUGGCAGGCGACAAGGCCUUGCCCUCCCUUGCCCUCUGCGCUCUCUUCAGUCAACAUUCUCUAGUGCCCUUCAGCCGUGUUCAGACCCACAAGGCUUCGUGCCUCUAAGUGCUGUAGAAUUUCCGCGGAUUCCACCCUACAGCACAGCUGGAACGGCUGGAAAUCCGACAGAAAGAGAAGUGCGCUUGACCAGUGCAGCACCGACGCACUGGCCUGGUAGUGACGGGAAAUCUCAGGGCAGCAGCGCUUGCCUUACCCAAGAUGUGAGUAUCUCUCCAUCUAAAGAGCCUUGGUAUCUGCCUUCAAAUGAAGCUGCUCCUGAGCCGGAAACUUUCAGUAACGUGCGAACUAGGGAUGGCUCAUGGCUGGGCCUUUCUCUCUUCCAGCUUCCUGCGGAUGAAAAGGAGCAAUGGCUGCUACAACGCAGCCAUGCAGGGCAUGUCGGAGGCGAGGAUACCCCAGCAUACUCUGCCUGGGAUCUGUAUUCCCUGAAUCCUCCUCUGGAUAAUGAGGGGUCCAUAGACCCUGACUCGAGGGACAGAGCGUGCCUCUCCUCUCUCAGCAGUAGUGACUCUACCACCUCUUGCUGUUUAUACACGCCAGCUAGCCGGACUGAGUGUGGAGUUCAUGAUGAGUUCGAUGCCCUUCAUAGCGACGGGGACUCUCCGGCUUGCUGCUGCACCCGUUCCCCUGGUCGUUCUUUGAAUGGUCUGAAUGAGGAGCCCUUAUCGGCGAAGGAGGAUCUGUUUCCUCAGCUGGCUGGAAAUGCUUCUUCCCCGCCUUCCGAGCAACCGCUCGCUCCUCCAACCUUUCUCUCUGGCAGAGGCGAAGCUGAGCAGUCCUUCUGUGCGCCAGCCGGAGAUGUCGAGGCCUGCGAGUCGGUCGGACCUUGUAUCGCUCCUACUGUUUCUUCUGGCUGUCACCGUCCAGAAGGGGUUCAUUUUUCUGCCUGGCAGACUAUGGGUAGGAUGCAGCCGGUCCCCCCUCUUCGAUCCUCUGAGGCCUACUUGAUGUCUGUUGGGGUAGCCGCACGUCGCUUGAGCUGCUCUAGAGCUGGUGGCUUCGGCUGUGGCAGUGCUCGGCAUGCUGCCAUGCUUCAUCUCUGUGGAGCUUCUGGAUGGGUUCCCCAUUGUCAGGAGCCAGGCUCUGCGCCAGCCGCCCUUACCACAUCUUCCAGAUGCCCGUGCAAAUGCUCCGCUUUCCAUCGCUUGGCAGGGUGCUGUCAGAGGGCCGCUCUCGCUGCGCGCGACAUCGGGGGAUCUCGAGGCUUUCUACUGGGGGAAGAGGGAAGGACGCUAGGAUGCUGCAGACGGCUCCUAGGGAAAAGCACCUGUCGAUGUCUAAGGCGAUGCAGCCGAACAUACACACGUUCGGGGGGGGCAGGAGGGCUAUGGGGUGCGGGAGACUACAGAGAUCUCAGGAGCGUCAACAGGCCUCCGGCAAUCUCACGCUGCAGCUGCAAUGGCCUCCACCACGCUCGGCAGCCUAGUGAGAGCAGCAGCUGCAGCUGCGCAGCACCAGCGGAGGGACCACUGACGCAUAAUGGACUACCAGGGGGGUCCUUAGUUCCGCCCACAACCCACGCGUGUUGCAAUGCACAGUGCACGUCACAAGACCUCCAGUCUCAGAGCCUCCUCUGUGCUGGAGCCGCCGCUUCUCGUUUGAGAAGUGACUCCUGUUUGAGGCCCUCCUUGAGCUUAGGAAGCUCUCCCUUGCUUCUGCCUGGCCUUUGCAGCAGGCGAGGCGGUGUGGCAGAUGCUCAGGGAACAAGAGAUGGGUGGCAUCACCGGGCCUUGCCUACGUUGCUUCACAGUUCUACGGAGCUGCAUGAUUGUUUGCCUGCGCGCCUUCGGGCUUCUCAGAGCUGCACCCCAGUCACAACCUCUUCUAUGUCUCCAGGAGGCUGCAUGGGAACGGGGUCUACCUCCUCCUCUUCCGGAGGGGCCUCUCAACCCACCUUCUCGCCUCCACCGGCAACCCGCCUACUGAGUAGAUACAACACCAAGAGCCACGGAAAGCAGGAACUAGCCAAAGGACUGCUUGAAGACCCCUCUGAGGAGGAGACUCGACGUCGAACGCACCCCCCCCCUGACACGCCACUCAGCGAAGAACCGCUCCUCGGAUUGCGGCUGCAAGAUUCUGAGCCUCAAAGCCAAUACCCCUGCGAGACAUCCCAAAGCAACGGCGGCGAGUGCUCAGCGGAAGUUCCUUCCUCCACAGCGCAACUGCUCCAGCUGGACGCCUCCAGCCCUGUUCUUGUAGCUGAGACGCAACAACCGGAGGCUGUAGCGCUCGCAUGCUCUUUGAAGCCAAAAGGGAAGCCAGAAGACGGGGGGGAACUUGAAAGCGGCUCUCUCUCAGGGCGAGAGGUUGCUGCAUCUGGAGCCCCCACAUUACCCGUUGGCGACCAGUGGCUAGCAGACGCGCAUCUGGUAAAGCCUUCCUGUUCAAUGCCUUCAUCCCCCAACGUCCUUCCUGCUGCUGAUGCCCGUGUCGAUAAUUUUCUAGCGUCUGCUGGUGAGGGCUCUGUCUCCGCAUGCGGCGCUAUCGCCGAGAGGACGGCCUUGGGAGAGGCUUUUUCUGCGGCCUCCAUUGCUUCCAGUGAAGGAUCAGGGGAGAUCUGGAAAGGGUGCAGGAGCGACACAGAUUCAAAAGCGCCGCAAGGGGCUUCCCGCGGUCUGUGCUCGGAGCAGGUUGUUCAGCUGCUCCCUGCAGGGGGCACGUCCGUCUCCGAAGGAUCCUCAGAACCUGAAAAAAAGCAGCGGGACACAUGUGAGCGCUACCCUGGAUCAGGUGUUUUCUGUGCCGGGAGUGGGGCCCCGCAGCCGCAGGGGAAAAGGUCUAUUUCCAGUGCUGGUGGCGAUGACGUUCUUCCCAGGGCAUCCAGACUAUAUGAAGCCGGCGCUGUGCUCUUGCCAGAAACAACAAGGCCUCGAAAGACAAGGAGCGCAUGCGUUGUAGGGGGCUGGGGGGAUACAGAGGAUCUCUCGCCAGUGCCGCAGAAGCACGGAGGGUCCUCGGCUCCUCCUUCUUCACUGGAGAAAUCGCUUAGGCCGCAGGAAGGGCAGUCGCUAGGUGGAGGAGCAGCCAACGCCGAGGAGUCUCCUUGCAAGAAGCAGUCAGGCCUCGCCAUGGGGCCUCCCCUGGGGGAAGGCUCAGCAAAUGGCAGCGAAUGGAUCCCCAGUCAGGUGGAGGCGCAGCCCGCUGGCUGCGUUUCUAGUCUUGGAACGUCUCCGACAGCGAUGGCGCAAGGCUUGCAUCAUGCUCAGGAUGAGGCACUCGCAGCGGCGGGCUCAGGGGGCAGCACAAGCGGCAUGGCAGAGAGCCAUGCAGUCCCUGAUUCUUCGCCUUCCCCUUGCGUGCUCACAGUGGAGAGUGUGAAACAUGAAGGCGCCGUGCCGGACGCUGCGGGGUCUCUCCUGUCCGUCACAGGAUCCAGUGAUGCUUCUGGAGUCGGUGCGGGGGGAGGAUGCGGCUACAAACGCAAGGGAGGCGUUGCCUGCUGUCUCGCUCCUCCAGCGCAGCAGCGGCUUGUAGGCUUGCAGCCUCGCCCACCCCCCCCACGCGUCUACCACGUGGUUAUGUGCACUCGGAGAUACUGGCGUGUGGAAUGGGUGUCUCCCGAAACAGGUCGGCGCGUCUACAAGCACUUUGGAGAGAAUCGCUACGGAGGAGGUGAUCGGGCAAGGGAGGUGGCCGUCAAGUUCUGGGCAGAAGUGCGUAAGCGCAGUGCGGAUGGAGUGGAAAGGGGAGAGUGGCAGGGUCUGACCGAAGUGACACGAAGAGUUCGUGAAGAAGGCGUUGAAGGCAUCUUGGAGGAAGUCAAGGCUGCCCCCUCCCCAACGCACGCCCAACAGUCCGUAGCUGCCACCGGUACGGCCCUUCUCGAGGCUGAAGGGGCCUCAACAGACGAGGGCCCUCUGAUGUCAAAAAGCUCGACGGCAGCCAUGGAACAGACAAGACAACAACAAGGUCAAAAACAAAGCAGCCAAAUGGAAACGCGGGGAAGCUUUGCCGCUGGAGCCAUAGGUGCAACGACGUUCGGUGUUUUUGCGUCUUCGCCGCAUCAACAGAACCAGCAAAUGAAGCCUGCUGAGGGAUACCGUCAACGGGGACCUACCCUGAGGGCUUCAACGAGAAGCCGGGUUCUGCGCGAGGCCUCUAAGGACUCUACAGGUACAGCCACUAGCCGCCUCACGCAGCAGCACCAAACCCACGGCGAGGAGAGCUCCGAGCUGGCCGAAGGGCGGCUGACGGCUUUGGAGCUGCAUGCGGCGACUGGCGAAGAUGAUGCAGACACCCUCAGCACUGUUGGCUACUCGCAGCCCCAGCAGGCGGACGAGGGGAUUGCUCCAAAUUGUGAGGUGCCGGCGCAUCAGCAGCCCUUCCAAGGGGGUCUUGAUACCCACGGGAUGAUGACGCAGCGAGGUGAGUCUGCGCUUGCCAACGGCGCCCAAGGACUAGGCUCGAACGGUGUGCCAUCCGAGGCUGUGGCAGGAGGCAUUACUUCCGCCAGUGCGGAUUGGGGCAGCCAGGUCGUGCACCAGCCGACGCCGCUAUCACCGCAACUGCCGUUGUACGGCUCAGCCUUGGGAGCUACUCAGGGAGGGGGCGCCGGGCAGUACUGGGGUUCCGCUGGCGGCUCUCAAGGAGCGCAGGAAAUAGGGGACGACUCAGGAGGGGGGAAGCAGCAGGGAGGGGGGAAGGACUUGCCUUUGAAGCGCAAAGGCAGCGGCAGCACCUGCUCUGCUCUUGGCACGCCAGAACCCGUUACAAAGAGGUAUCGCGCUGAAGGGCACGAGCCAGCUCUCCCAGACGCGGCCUCGUGGAUACCGUCCCAGCUCGCCUAUUCAGGCAGUGGAGGCCGUCCCCUGACCAAAGGCGCCAUCGGCAGUCUCCCUUUACUUCCGACGGGGUCCUGUGGCACGAUAGGAUACGAGACACCCUGUCAGAGCCCCCUGGCUCCGCUGGUGGACUUCCCUCUGGGCACAGUGGAUGCCACAACCGCUGCCUCCCUUUCGACUGGCGCAUCGCACGUGCUUUCAACGGAAGCCAGCCGGACUCGCUGGAGUAGCUGCUCAGGCGACACGCCACUCUCCAUGUCCAGCGUGCAAAGCCCCCUAGCCUUCCAGGACCUGCGUGGCGGCAAUGGGCCCCAGAUGACCAUUGAGAAUUACCCAGCAAAUCAAGCCGCUUCCACAGGGGGAGGCGGAGGCGCAGUGUACCCCUCAGCGCUUCAUUUUGCGCACUGCGACCCCCAGUUAGCCUUGCAGCAGCAGCAGCACCAGCACCAGGUCUUACAAUCAGCCCCCUCUGGACUAGAAGGCUUCCCCCUCAGCUGUACAGGGGAUGCGGCGUACCGCCCGCUGCAGCAGCAGUUUUCCACAGCCGUGCAGACUCCUGGAGUUCGCACUCCCACAGCAGGCUCAUCUGUCUCCUGUUCUAGACGAUCUCGCUGUGGUGUCACUCCAGCGCGCAACAAGGGACAAUCCAGUGGCGCCUCGGGACGCAGCGGCACUGGGGGUGGUAGUGGAGGCCAUGGCACCCGUACAAUCGGAAGGAUCUACUCGCUGCUUGUUCGGGGGGUUCGAUGUUGGCGAGCCGAGUGGCAUGAUCGCGCCAGCGGGCACCGCAAGACACGCCAGUAUGCCGCUCCCAAACACGGGGAGCAACAAGCGAGGGCCUUGUGCCUCCAGGCACUGUGUCAGGCUAGGAGUGUUCCUGCACAACUCCUAAGAGAAGCCCAACAAACAUUUGCCUACGAACCAACUGCCUCCCCUGAACAGAACUCGGAGCCCGAAGACGCGCCUGCAGAGCCAGUGCCUUCCGCAUCGACGUAUACACAGCCGCUCCAGCAGCAGCACAACCAGCUAAUGCAGCCGCCUCCCAUGGACCAAGGCCUCCAUCUGCUGCACACACAACAACAGUUCCAGACAGGAGAAGGCUGCUCCAGUAACAGCUACGCACAACAUGGCUACUUCUGGCCCUCCGCGGGGGGACCCUCCUGCAACGCCUUCGGAGAUCCUUCAGUUAUGAUGGAUAUGACGGACCAGCAAAAGUAUGGGAACGGGGGAGAGCUGCUUCAACACCACCUGCAAUCCGGCUUGCUCGAGGGAGGAGUAAGCCUGUCCCUCGAAGCUGCCCCCCCCGCAGACUCAACUGCUGAGGAAAACCCUCAAGCCCAUCCUUCUGGCACCCGCAACUUAUUCUCUAAAGACGAGAUCUCUAACCAAGUCGCUUCCGCCUCCUUUGGAGGUGGCCGCUACGCCGGCAGCUGCCCAGGUGAAGCAUCAGCCCUAUGUAAUAGUGGUUUCGAUGGCCAUCAUGGCCUUCAAGACUGCAUUGCCUCCAAGCGCGAAUACCCCGAGGCGCCACUAGCUCCGCUGUCGUCGCUCGUUUGCGGCGGUGCUACCAGCGGGGGAGGGCAUCAAGGCCCCCCCCUUGUUGUGACUCCUCAGCAGGUGUGCGGCUUCCCUAGGACUGGUGAGUCUGCUCCAGUCAUGACCAAGGAGGAGCCCACCGUUUGCGGGAACGCGGGGCCAGUUGCGCCAAGCACCGGCGUUGAUGGAGAAAGGGCAAACUCAUGGGACCCCACGUUCUUAAUUGCACAAUGA